AUUAAUUUCGUCUUGAUUUAGAUUUAAGUCGUUAUUUUGUGUGUUUUAUAGAGAUUCACCCGUUGUUCUAGUAUAAUUGCAACCAAGUAAAAUACUAAAUAUAGCAACGAGUAUCGGAAAACCCGAGGUUAUAAAUAGUACCCAUAUUAGGCGUGGGUUACCGCAGUUAGUAGAUAAAACAGCGCGCCAACCCGUUCUCGUCGUUAAAUGCCAUGCUAUUAAGUCAAAAUUAACAUUAUUUAGGGGGUUUCUUGUAUUAUAACGAAGUGAAAAGUUACCUUUUAUAAAAAUUUCAUAAUUAAACCUCUCUUUAUAUCGAAAUGAGAAAUUAUUCUAUAUGAUUUAUAUUAUUUAAAUUACCACCAGUUGGACGAUUUAUGUUUACAUUGAAAUGUCACUGGCGCAGGCUUAAUAUUUUGAACAAUCAAUAGGUGUUCUUCAUCAAUUAAUAACGUUUUCCGAAUAAUUCAUGUUUAUGUCACACGGAAAGAAUAAAAGACUGGAUAAUUGGAUAAUCGACAAAUAUUUUACAGAGCUGCUUAGAGGUUUAGUUGAAGGCGUAUAUUGACGUCAAGCAGUCAACAUGAAAUUUUGUUGCCCCGAGUGUGAUUACAAAACAGACAAAAAGAGCGAACUACUAAAACAUCAGCGCUCUGCCAAUCACUGGGAAAAGUUCAACUGUAAUAUAUGUGGAAAAGUAUUCACAAGGAAGGAUAAUUUAGACAGACAUGUUUACAAGCACCGAAAUGAAAACAGUUUUCAUUGCUCAGAAUGCGGAUGUGCAUUUAGUCGGGAAGACAAUCUUUUCAGACAUUUGCGAGACAAACAUCAAGUUGGUGGCGGUCGUAAGCGGGCAGGAACAUCCACUUCAGAAGCAUCAGCUCCAAAAAUUAGAAAACUUACUAAUGCCAAGGAAUACUACAAUCUGCGUAAAGUCAACGAAAGGAUAAUAAAAAAGUUUAGGACCAAAUCAUCGACAUACAAGGCCACAUUCAAGAACUUGGAAGUUGUGGAAUUACAAGACAUUUUAACUACGUUACAGGCAUUGUUUUCUUCCAUAUUUAACGAUAUCACAAAAGGGAGUAAGUCAAAUGAUCUCGUUCGAAUUGUUGUGCAAAGUCCAACAUUGGAUUACCCUAUAGUUAUUCCAUUUGGACCUGUAACAACCUUAACUGCUGAUCGUUUCCUUCAGGAAGUGGAACGUGUUUUACAAUCAAAUGAGGAUUUUGUUAUCAAUGAGAGUUUGGAAUUCGAAAUAACAUUGGUAGACAUGCCAAGCGGCGGUGCUCAAAAACGGUGCAAAUUUGUGAACAAUGACAGAUUUUUACUGGAAAAGAAAUGUAUUAUUCGGAUUAAAAACUCGGACAGUAUAUGUUGUGCAAGGGCCAUAGUAACAGCAAAGGCCAGAAUUGAUAAACAUGAAAAGUGGGAGAGCAUUAGAAAAAGUUACGAACCGCAGGGUGACCUAGCUAGAGCUUUACAUAAAGCUGCCAAUGUAAAGGAAGGCCAUUGUGGAAUAGAAGAAAUCAAACAAUUUCAAACAGUACUGGCGGGAUACCAGCUACACGUUCUCUCUAAAGAACAUUUUAAUGCUAUGAUUUUUACUGGACCAGAAGCGGAAAACAAAAUAUAUUUAUAUUAUCACGAGGCCCAUUACGAUGUCAUCACGUCAAUGUCCGCGUUUUUGACACGAAAUUACUUCUGCACCACAUGUAAUAGAGGGUACGACCAUAAAGACAAACACGUUUGUAACAACAUCUGCUCUUCUUGCCGAAAAGUACACGAGAAGAAUGACUUGGACGAGUGGAUGCAUUGCCAAAUAUGUAACAGAUACUUUCAGGGACAGGAGUGCUUUGAUCUCCACGCAACGAUUACCUAUAAAGGUAAUUCAACCUGUAAGACUUAUUACAGGUGCGCUGAAUGUAGUACGACAAUCAACAGAAAAAUGCAUAAGAAAGACCACGUAUGCGGGGAGCGAUAUUGUGACACUUGCAAAAUCUUCGUCAGUGAAACGCAUCAAUGUUUUAUGAUGCCUGAAGAAACGGCGGAUGAUACGUCAAUGUCAAUUGAAGAAGAACUUAUAAACGAGGAGGAAACUGCUAAAACGUUCAUCUUCUUCGAUUUUGAGUGCACACAAGAGGACAUGGUAGCCUGUCGUAAAGGAUAUCUUCCCGACUCAUCUGGAAUUUGUUCCAACUGCAGCAAAACAAUGUGUGGUUCUCUCGAGCACAAGCCCAACCUGUGUGUGGCUCACAAAGUAUGUACAAAAUGUAUACAGCACGAUAUCACCAACACAAGCCAAUGUAACAACUGUGCUAAAAAUGAACAUAUUUUCAAAGGUAGCUCGACCUUAGACGACUUUUGCUUGUGGCUCUUUUCAGAAGAUAAUUUUAAUACCACAGUGAUUUGUCAUAACUUUCAAGGAUAUGACUCAUAUCCUAUUCUUCAGUAUCUAUACCGAAAUGCCAUCGUUCCUAAGAUUGUUCCAAAUGGAGCAAAAGUGAUGAGUCUUGUUGUAGAGUCAUGCAAGGUUAGAAUGAUUGAUUCAAUCAAUUUUAUACCCAUGGCACUGGCGAAACUACCAGCUAUGUUUGGCAUUGAAGAAUUGAAAAAGGGUUACUUUCCACACCUCUACAAUCGAAUGGAAAACCAAGGAGCAGUGCUUGAUUGCUUACCAGAUGUACAAUAUUACAACUACGACUCGAUGAAGCCAUCAGACAGAGAAAUAUUCUUGAAAUGGUAUGAAGAAAACAAAGACAAGCCAUUUAACUUUCAGUCGGAAUUGUUGGAGUACUGUAGAUCUGACGUAGAUAUACUUAGACGAGGUUGUAUAACCUUUCGGGAUAACUUCAUGAGCAUAACAAACAUUGAUCCAUUCGAGCAAUGUAUUACAAUAGCCUCUGCGUGUAAUUUAGUUUUUAGAACUAACUUUUUAGAACAAGAUUCUAUCGGCAUUAUUCCACAUCACGGAUAUAAACCGGAACAAAUGCAAUCAGUUAAAGCGUUGCAGUGGAUUAAAUACCUGUCGCAUACCCAAGGUCACCAGAUUCAACAUGCCAGGAACGGUGGUGAAAAGUGCUUAGGGCCAUACAUGGUUGAUGGUUACUACGAGACUAUCGGGGGCGAAAAGGUCGUAUUAGAAUUUCAUGGAGAUUUUUGGCACGGAAAUCCGACAAAGAACUCCAAUUCUACAGUGAAUCCGGUGAGAAAACUAACCAUGGGUGAACUCUACCAGAGGACACUUGAUAAGAAGAAAUACUUGGAGGAAAAUGGCUAUACGUAUGUAUCAAUAUGGGAGUCAGAAUUUGACCAGCAGUUAAUCGGAGAUCCUGUAAUGGCUGAAUUUAUCAAAAACUGUCAAAUUAUAACACCUUUGCAGCCGAGAGACGCGUUCUUUGGAGGACGUACAGAAGCAUUUACACUCUACAAAGAAGCUUCAUCGGUAGAAACAAUCCAGUACUACGAUGUCACGUCUCUUUAUCCUUUCAUUAACAAAACCGGAAAAGUACCAUCGGGUCAUCCUAUCAUCAUCACAGAAAAUUUUGAAAGUCUUCAAAACUAUGAAGGCCUGAUUAAAUGCAAAGUCAUUCCACCACGUCAGCUGUUUCACCCUGUUCUACCAUGCAAAGUCAACGGCAAGUUGUUAUUUCAUCUAUGUAAAUCGUGCGCAGACGUUAAGAAUGAAGGUACGUGUACUCAUACAGAUGAACAACGGUCUUUUGUAGGAACGUGGGUGACAGAUGAACUAAAGAAAGCCAUUGAAAAAGGCUAUCAAAUCGCGAACAUCUAUGAAGUCUGGCACUUUGAGAACGUGUCGCAAUACGAUCCCAAUACUAUGAAAGGAGGCGUAUUUGCUGAGUAUGUAAAUACCUUCUUGAAACUGAAGCAGGAAGCUAGCGGUUGGCCAUCGUGGUGUACAACAAAAGAACUAAAACAGAAGUAUAUUACACAAUACCAUGAAAAGGAGGGUAUCUGGCUUGAUUAUGAAAACAUACAAAAAAAUUCCGGCAUGAGAGCCUUAGCAAAGUUGAUGCUGAAUUCGUUUUGGGGUAAAUUUGGACAACGUUCAAACAUGUCACAAGUUGAAAUCAUCGACGAUCCUGCCGUAUAUUUCGAUAAAUUGACCAGUGAAAAAGAAGACGUCACCUGUGUUAAUUAUGUUUCAGACGACCUGGUUGAAAUGAGAUGGAAAUAUAAAGACGAUUUUGUGGACACUAACGCAAAAACAAAUGUCAUUAUAGCUGCUUAUACGACUGCCCAAGCCCGUCUAAAACUGUACAGUUACUUAGAGCCUUUAGCUGAAAGGGCAUUGUACGCGGACACAGAUUCGGUUAUAUUUGCCACAAAGGAGGGUGAAUGGGUGCCUUCCCUAGGUGAUUAUCUCGGCGAUCUUACUGACGAAGUUUCAGGAAACGCUAUAAUAACUUUCAUUACUGGAGGUCCAAAAAACUAUGCAUUUCGCUUAAAAAAGCCGGAUGAAUCUGGAAAACAAACACAUUGUAAAAUGAGAGGAAUCACACUCAGUUACAGAAAUUUACAAACGAUCAAUUUCGAUGUAAUGAAGACAAUGGUACUUGAUAGUUCCAAAGAAUCAAUAACAGUCAAGGAUCUUUUCAAAAUUAGUAGAGACAGAAAUAGUACAAAACUUUUAACUAUGUCACAAAACAAAGAUUACAGACUAGUGUUUGACAAGCGAGUCAUUCGUGAAAACUAUAUGUCUUAUCCAUAUGGAUUUUAACUGAUAUAAAGACAAUAUUGCUUGUACAGAACAUUGGCAAAAAAGACUAUUUCCCUGUUGGACAGUGAACAAUGUGUUUAUUGAUUGAGUGGAUUAAGUGUUAUUGUAAAUAAUAGGUUCAAUGUUAUGCAAUUAAAAAUUAUGAAGUAUAUUGAACUUUUUUCUAUGUAAAUAGUUUUCAUAUAUAUUGUACAUUAAGAUGUUAUAGUUGUGUAUCAUAGUCCUAAUAAAAAGAAUAUAAACUGUAUGCUGUUUCUUAUUGAACUGUGUCUUAACAUUGAUCAACUAUACGACUGUACAUGUAUACACUUGUAACAGAACCGUUACAGUUGGUAUUAUGUUUAUAUGGCCCUUGCAUCAACCGAUAUAAGCAUACUAUAUAGAACCUAGACACAACAGCCUACCAUACCGGGUGGACAUGUACUGUUACUAGUACAUUUGGAUGGCCCUAUUA